AUGAUGUUUACUACUGCUUUCCUCGUCCAGGCUCUCCUUGCCUCUGCUGCCUUUGCUAUUCCUACCAGCAAGGAACGCGCGGCCUCUCGCCGAGCUCGUCGCUCCGGUGCUACCCGCCAGAGCAAGCCUGUGGACCGCAUCACCAGCCCGACCUCAGAGGUCUCGAAUGCCUCCUAUGUUGAGUUCAGCUCUAACUGGGCAGGUGCUGUUUUGGUGGCUAGCACUGCGACCUACAAGUCCGUCACUGGUACCUUCACUGUCCCGACCCCCAAGUCUACUGGUGGAAGUAGCGAGGAAUGCGCUACCGCCUGGGUUGGAAUCGACGGUGAUACCUGUGACACUGCUAUUUUGCAGACUGGUGUCGAUUUUUGUGUUACCGGAUCUUCUGUCUCUUACGACGGCUGGUAUCCUGCGGCCUCCGUUGACUUCUCCGGGAUCUCCUUCUCUGCUGGUGACUCUGUGACCGUCACCGCCACUGUCAUCAGCACUUCAGAAGGCACUUUGACCAUCGAAAACAACUCCAAAGGGACCACCGUCUCCAAGACUGUUUCGUCCUCUGCCAAACUGUGUGAGACCAACGCCGAAUGGAUCGUCGAGGACUUCGAGGAAUGUGAAGGUAGCAGUUGCUCAUUGGUUCCGUUCGCCAACUUUGGGACCAUUGAAUUCACGGGUGCCUCUGCGACGACGAGUUCUGGCACAGUUACCCCUGCUGGUUCCACACUUAUCGAGAUUGAGCAGAGCAACAAGGUCUUGACUACAGUUUCCCAAAGUGGAAGCACCGUCACUGUUGUAUACGCCUAA